AUGGCUUCGACCCACAUUGUCACAAUGAAAUUUGACACGUUCCAGAGUCUUGGGGACGAGGAAUUGGAUGACGAGCUAGAGAAUGUAGAGGAAUCACAGGAAUUAAGUGCCCGAACAUCGUAUUUGAACCAUCUUAAGCUACUGCGUGAAUCACAAUUUGAGUUGCCUAAGACGGUUUCCUUAAUUGAAUGCCCUAAUGGUACGAAAGUUUAUUUGGUUGGGACCGCCCACUUCAGCAAAGAUAGUAUUGAUGACGUCCGUUACAUGGGCCUUUCCAAUGGUAUACUGCAGUACCUGUUACUCAGGUUCACAAAUUACAUAAUGCAGCAAAUAGGGAUGGCACCCGGUGGUGAAUUUCGUGCUGCAUUUCAAGAAGUAUCUAAGCAACCUCAUUGCCAUCUCAUUCUUGGCGACCGAUCUAUCAAAAUAACUCUUCAAAGAGCCAUGGAUGCUUUAGGGCUUUGGCAGAAAACGAAAAUAUUAUGCUCGUUAUUGUUUGGCUUCGAGAAAAUAACCCCUGAAGAAGUGGAAGAGAUGAAACGUGAAGACCUUCUAGAACAACUGAUUAAAACACUAGCUGGUGACUACCCCGAAUUAACGCGAACAAUUCUUGAAGAGCGUGACCUCUACCUUGCUCGAUCGAUCUGGGAGGUCUGUGGCCUCUCCUCCUGUCCGAAUUCGUCGUCAACAACGUCUCCUGGUAUGGAUUGUGAAGUUUCUGGUGAACUUCGCCAGAGGCACAACGAAGAAACAAAUGAGGGAACGCAACCCGAAGUUUGUGUCGCGCGUCUCCAGUGCUGUCCUGAGUGGCCUGGCCUCGAUGUGCUUUCGCGGGUAGUUGUAGCGGUCGUUGGCAUCGGUCACGUUGCUGGCAUCAAAAAAGCUUGGGAAUCUGCCGCCACCAUCGAUAAAACAGAGUUAAUCAGGUUAGUGUCAGUCGCCUGUUUUGUACACCAAUUAGUUUUAAGCAUCACUAUCGACCUAUUUGGAGAGAACUAA